GACAUGAGAAUAGUUCGAGCUGGCGGGGGUUCAAACAUUGAGAAGUCAAUGCCUCAGGCUGUCGUUCAAAAUAGGAUGCAGCGACAGCCAUGGGUGUUGGUGGGUGUUGGUAUCGACAAACCUUUCUGGUCCUCUUCUUAUGGAGCAGGGUUGUGAUGGAUUAUGACGACUACCACGCCGGAGGCGUCUCCUCGCUGACGUGCCCUUACCAAAACAAAAACGAAAACUCGCUCCCCACAUCGACUCCUCCAUAUAUUUCGAGUAAAAUGAACCCUCCUUGUACUAACCAGCAGGAACCUUGCCCUAAUGGCGUCGGCCCCGUAUCUCCCAACAUGCUAAUCCUAGGUCUUGUUUUUCUUUUUGUAUUGCUUGGCUAGGUCCCGGUUCGAUUCCCGCUUUCGUCAAGAUUUUUUUUUUUUUUU